AUGACUAUUCCUCCGGCACAGGAAAAGGGCGAAACCAUAGACCAGUACGUGACAGAUUUGAAAAACAAAAGUAAGUCAUGUGAGUUUGGUGAUUUAUGUGACUCGCUGAUCAAGGACAGAAUCGUUUGUGGUAUCGCGGAUGUUCAUCUGCGAGAGAGACUACUUCGUGAACCUAAUCUAACCUUACAGAAAACUGUUACAAUUUGUCGGGCGUCUGAAUUGUCUAAAUCUCAAAUGAAAGAUCUCGCUGAUGAACAGGAAAAAACUGUACAUGUGGUAAAAAGACCGGGAACGUCAGGAACCGGAACAAAACAAUAUGGUUCAAACUCAGCUCAUCGAGGACGAGGUCGAGGACAAAAUCGCGAUCGGGUUGAGAAAUCAAAGUGUACACGAUGUGGUUAUGAACACAGAAACAAGAAUGGACCAUGUCCAGCAAAGGGUAAAAAAUGCCACAAAUGUCAAGGUAUGGACCAUUUCUCAUCAAUGUGUAGAACAAAAAAUGUACAUACUGUUGAAGAAGAUGAACUGUUCAUAGGCUCUAUAUGGAACAUUGACAUGGUGUCAUCUGAUUGGCAAACAGAAUUAUUUGUGAAUGGACAUUCUAUUUCACUGAAACUAGACACUGGAGCACAGGCGAACGUCAUAUCAGGAAAGAUAUAUGAUAAGGUCAAAAACAGUUAUAGCAAGCUUCAGAACAGCAAGUCUAAGCUGACAACAUUCAGCGGAGAGAAGAUACCGGUGAGAGGUGUAGUUGACUUAAAAUGUCGCUAUGGCAACAAAGUUAAUGUAUUACCAUUUAUGGUAGUUGACAUUGAAUCCCCAGCAGUUCUAGGUCUGAAGGCAUGCGAGGAACUGAAUUUAAUUCAGCGUACAAGUCCAUACAUACAUCAGGUGAAGCAAACUAACCACAGUAUCCUCCAGGAAUACUCCGAGGUAUUCUCUGGCACCGGAUGUCUACCAGAUCAACAUCACAUUGAGAUAGAUGUAACUGUGAAACCGGUAGUACACCCACCGCGUCGAGUUCCAGUUGCGUUACGCGACAAGUUAAGCAAAGAACUUGUUAGAAUGGAAAGUACUGGUGUUAUAGAAAAAGUAGAUGAACCAUCAGACUGGGUUAAUUCAAUGGUACUGGUUGAAAAACCCAAUGGCAAGCUAAGAAUUUGUUUGGACCCAAAGGAUUUAAAUGGUGCUAUAAAGCGAGAACAUUUCCCACUACCAACCUCAGAUGAAGUGAGUAGCAGACUGAGUGGAGCUAAGUUCUUUAGUAAGUUAGAUGCCAGCAGUGGGUUUUGGCAGAUACCGUUGGACGAGGAAAGUUCAAGAUUAUGUACAUUUAAUACUCCGGAGGGGCGAUACAGGUUCAAGCGCCUUCCUUUUGGCAUAUCAAGUGCACCCGAAGUGUUUCACAAAACGGUACGGAAAAUCUUGGAUGGUCUCGACCGGAGUACUCUCAAUUAUUGA